CACAAGGGCAUUAUUUGUCACUUAGGAAAAGUCCCUGAGCGAGCCCGACUGUACCUGGACCUGGGACUCCUGUAUGAUCAGCUGAACUGGACCGAGGAAUGCAACGACUACAUCUCGGAGAGCAUCGUUAUUUUUGAGCAGUGCCAGCUGGACGAGGACCUGUACCGAGCCAACUUCACCCUGGCUGGCAUCCAUAUGCGCAAUAAGGAGCAUUCCCAGGCCAUAGGGUGCUGGGAGUCGGCUCGGAAAUGUGCCCGCCGUAUGUGCCACAGACAGAAGGAGAGUGAUUGCUAUAGUGGCAUUGGGCAGGCGUUACUGGCCCUGGGGGAUUUAUCUACUGGAAAACGUUCCCUUAAGAAAUCCUUCCUCCUGGGCUCUCGGGAUCUGACGGACAGAGAUAUCGUGUGCAGGAACCUUAAAUACGCCAUCAGAGGUUGCCGCCUGGAGGAGUCCCUGUCUGAGCUGAGCGAAGAGGAUCAGCAGGGGGCGCUGUGUCUGUAUGAGCAGCUCGGGGACCUGUAUUGUAAAGUUGGCUGCUACACAAGAGCCAUAGAGAAAUACAGAAUGCAGCUGAACUGCGCUGAGACGCUGGGGAGGCCGGAGCGGGAACUGGCUGUUAUACACGUAUCCUUAGCCACCAUCUUUACUGACCUUAAGGACUACAGACAGGCCGUGGAGCAUUACCGGGCCGAGUUGGACCUGGGGAAUAGAGAUCUUUUUGAGGAAUGCAAGACUUGGCUGAAAAUUGCUCAGUGUUAUGAGGAGGAUGGGCGAGGGCACACAGACAUACAGAGUUGCCUUUCCAAUGCAUUGCAGUGUGCCAGGCGGGCAGGAGAGACUGUGCUGCAGAGGGAGGUUCUGACCCAGCUGCUGGCCCUGCAGGAGGAGACUGGGGACCCAGAAUACACACAAACAAAGGCAAUGUUACAGGAGCUGCUGUUGGACCCGGGCAGGGUGGGCAGUGCUGUAAAGGAGGAGCAGAUGGAGAUCAGCGAACCCCUGCGGGAAAGUGACUUGCAACUGAGUGACGAUGACGAGGAUCUUGAAUUCUACGGAAUAUUUGCUCAUGACAGGCGGAAAGUGAACCGGUGGAACCAACGGAAUAAGAAGGGCGAGACUCCGCUGCACCGCGCCUGUAUUCGUGGCAAGAUCGACUCAGUCAAGAACUUGCUAGAGAUGGGCCACCCCCUCAUGAAAAGAGAUAACUCUGGCUGGACCCCCCUCCACGAGGCUGCCAACCAUGGCCACUUGGAUAUUGUGCAGCUUCUCUUGGAAAAAGGCGCCAACAUUAAUGAUCAAGGGGGGCACUUGUGUGGGGGGAUCACCCCUCUCCAUGACGCCCUGUUGAAUGGCAGAUUCUAUGUGGCCCAACUGCUAAUUCUUCAAGGCGCAUCUGUGACCCUGAAGAAUGCCAGGGGUGACACCCCCCUGGGAAGCCUCCGGGAAUGGCUCGGUACCAUGGAACUUCUGAAUCCGGAGACCCUUAAGCUCUACAAUGAAACAGAAAGCCUGCUGAUGGAAGCUCAGGCCAGUCAGGAAGCUGCUGCACCUCCUUGAAGAGAUCCUAUAGGAGGAAGAGUAGGAAGACUUUCUCAUCUGCAACCGCCGGAGCUGGGGGAGGGGGGGGGGGUGAGAAUUUUGCAUUAUAAGUUGCUCAAACAGAUUUGGUCUCAUUCAAAAACUCUCAAAAAGAGGCCUCGAUAGAACAGAAGGGAGAACUGUUGGCAGGUUUUCCCCAACUUUCACUCGAACUGAACCCGAGAAAAGAAUAAGUAACCUGGCUGAAUACCAUAGGGAUCUAUAAAUCCAGUUCAGUAGUCAGCGUGGUGUAAAUGCCGUCUGUGCAGAACGUCUUUGGUUGGGCUAGAUUUGGCCAAUGGGAUUCUUUGGGUGGGCUAGAUUUGGCCAAUGGGAUUCUUUGGGUGGGCUAGAUUUGGCCAA